CAUUUUCUCUCUUCAAAACCAGAGUUGAACUCUGUAAACUGUGGGGUAGAAAUCGAUUUGGAGGCUUUCGUUUCUUUGAAGAGCUUUUUGUUACGCAAUCAUGGUGACGAUCACGUCUGUUAAAGCUAGGCAGAUCUUCGAUAGCAGAGGCAAUCCAACGGUUGAGGUGGACGUCGGUCUUUCUGAUGGAACCUGUCACAGAGCUGCUGUUCCAAGUGGUGCCUCAACUGGUGUAUACGAGGCAUUGGAACUGAGGGAUGGAGGAUCAGACUAUCUUGGGAAAGGUGUCAUGAAGGCUGUUGGAAACGUCAACUCAAUCAUUGGACCUGCACUUAUUGGAAGGGACCCAACUGAGCAGACCCAGAUUGACAAUUUCAUGGUACAACAACUUGACGGAACAGUAAAUGAAUGGGGUUGGUGCAAACAAAAGCUUGGUGCAAAUGCUAUAUUGGCAGUAUCUCUUGCUGUUUGCAAAGCUGGUGCCAGUGUGAAAAAGAUUCCUCUUUACAAGCACAUUGCCAACCUUGCUGGCAACAAAAACUUGGUUUUGCCUGUACCUGCCUUCAAUGUUAUCAAUGGAGGAUCACAUGCUGGCAAUAAGCUGGCCAUGCAGGAAUUUAUGAUCCUUCCUGUUGGGGCCUCCUCUUUCAAAGAGUCCAUGAAGAUGGGUGUAGAAGUAUAUCAUCAUUUGAAGGCUGUUAUAAAGAAGAAAUAUGGUCAGGAUGCCACAAAUGUUGGUGAUGAAGGUGGCUUUGCUCCCAACAUUCAAGAAAACAAAGAAGGCCUGGAGUUGUUGAAAACUGCUAUUGCCAAAGCUGGGUACACUGGCAAAGUUGUGAUUGGCAUGGAUGUUGCUGCGUCAGAGUUCUAUGAUAGCAAGGAUAAAACGUAUGAUUUGAACUUCAAAGAGGAGAACAAUGAUGGUUCUCAAAAGAUAUCCGGAGAUCAACUUAAAGAUCUCUACAAAUCAUUUGUGGCUGAGUACCCCAUUGUUUCCAUCGAGGACCCCUUUGACCAGGAUGACUGGGAACACUACAGCAAACUAACGGCUGAGAUUGGCGAGAAAGUGCAGAUUGUCGGGGAUGAUCUCUUGGUCACCAACCCUAAGCGUGUGGAAAAGGCUAUUAACGAGAAAGCCUGCAAUGCCCUUCUGUUGAAGGUGAACCAAAUUGGGUCAGUGACUGAGAGUAUUGAAGCUGUGAAGAUGUCCAAGCAUGCAGGUUGGGGAGUUAUGGCCAGCCACAGGAGUGGUGAGACCGAGGAUACUUUUAUUGCAGAUCUUUCUGUAGGAUUGGCCACGGGCCAGAUCAAGACUGGAGCUCCUUGCCGAUCUGAGCGCCUUGCAAAAUACAACCAGCUUCUUAGGAUUGAAGAGGAAUUGGGAGCUGAAGCAGUCUAUGCUGGAGCAAAUUUCCGAAAGCCAGUUGAGCCUUACUAAAUCUAAAAAUAAUAAAUCUUUUUGCAUCGCUUUCUUUGAGGGCAUUCAUAAUUUUUGCUUUGCUUGAAAGAACUAUAUCUGUCUACUGCGGAGAGUGAACUGGUGUUUAAAUAAUAAUAAAUGAUCAGGAUGCAAAUACUGUGAUGACAUGUUGAGUGGGUCAGUUAUGGACCCUGGGAUUUUUGGACUGGGCUUUAAAGCCUUUCUUGUCUAUUUUAAUGAAUCACUGUUGAUUCAAGUGGAACUUCUCAGCUACUGUGCUUAAUAUUAGAAUUUUAAGGCAUGUUUGGAUUAUUUA